CGAUGGAAAUAUGAAAAUAUGGUAGCAUUCCAAAAUGCAAACAUAUUUCUCUCUCUUGCCCAGUGAACACAUGACUAAAGUGCGCCAUCCACCAUGAAAGAAAUCAAGAGGGAGAAAGAGAAAAAAAGCAAUAAAGCAAACUAAAUAGUCAUAUGUUGUCAUCGUCAUAGCACCAGUUGCCCCCUUCUGCAUUCCAGACCCACCUUUAUGCAGUCUCAGACCAACCCUGUUAAAGGCAAAUUCACUGGAAUCCCCCAUUUUUACACCUUCAUAAUUCUCUCUCCCACCCUCUCAAAAACCUACAACAACGACAGCAAACAAAUCCGGAAGUAGGCGAAGGAAGUUUCAGAAGUUCGGUUUUCUUACAGCUGUUCGUCUCAGAUCUGGUGAUCUGUGAUACCAAAGAAAGCUCUGAUUUAAUGAUGUACAAUAACCAGAAAUGAAAAGGGUUCAUGAUUCACAGAAGCUUCCCCUUUCAAGGCCGAUGCCUGAUAAUAUUCUCAAACUCCCAAAUUCACACUUCAAUUUGCUGAAAGAAGACAUGAAUCAUAUAAAGCCACCAACUUUUCAAGAUUCCAACAGACGGAAAGAGAAGAACUCAUUACACGACGAUGAAGAAGAUCUGAUGGUAGAUAUAAACAUGUUGAAAGAACCCGAUGAUUCUUAUGAUGAAAUCGGCUCCACCUCUUUCUCAGGUGCUAGCCACCCCCCUGAACCCAUUGACACGGAUCUAAUGCGACCCGUUUGUGUCCCAAUCAAUCAAAACAAACCCAUAAAACUUGGUGGGCCCUUUUUAGAAGAUCUUUCACUUCGCGAAAACUUAACACCAACACCAACACCAUCUUCGCCAUUUUCCAUCUCACGCCACUCACAAAACCCCGAAAACUCUCCAAUUUCAGACGAAAAAGAGUGCGUUUGGGACGCCUCUUUGCCCCCGAGUGGAAAUGUUAGCCCACAUAGUAGCAUUGAUAGUACGGGAGUCGUAACAUCCAUGAGCACAAGUACAUACCGAAUGAGCGACGGAAUGCUAAGCAUCGAACGAAAUUUCGGAAAUACCAAAACUACCCUUCGUGGGGAGUGUUUAGAAAGUGGGAAAACGAGUAUUAGUCGAGCUAGUGAUAGUAGUGGGCUUAGUGACGAUAGUAAUUGGAGUAACUUCACGGGAAGUACAAACAAGCCUCAUAAAGGGAAUGAUCCGAGGUGGAAGGCAAUUCUUGCAAUUAGGUCAAGAGAUGGGCUUUUGGGUAUGAGUCAUUUUAGGUUGCUUAGAUUGUUAGGUUGUGGUGAUAUUGGGAGCGUGUAUCAAUCCGAGUUGAGUGGGACCCGUUGCUAUUUUGCAAUGAAAGUGAUGGAUAAAGCAUCACUCGCUAGUAGAAAGAAACUUUCUAGGGCUCAAACCGAAAGAGAUAUUCUACAAUUGCUUGAUCAUCCGUUUUUGCCGACUUUAUAUACUCAUUUUGAAACGGAUAGAUUCUCGUGUUUGGUUAUGGAGUAUUGUCCCGGUGGUGAUUUGCAUACGUUGAGACAACGACAACCCGGAAAACAUUUCUCCGAAUACGCCGCAAGGUUUUAUGCGGCGGAGGUGUUACUAGGGCUCGAGUAUCUCCACAUGCUUGGAGUUGUAUACCGCGAUUUAAAACCCGAAAAUGUUUUAGUACGCGAAGAUGGUCACAUAAUGUUAUCCGAUUUUGACCUUUCUUUAAGAUGCACCGUAUCCCCAAUCCUAAUAAAAUCAUCUUCACUAGAAUCCGACCCAUCAAAACGACCCGCGAACCCGUUUUGUGUCCAACCCGCGUGCAUUGAGCCGACAUCCGUAUGCAUCCAACCCGCGUGCUUCCUCCCCCGUUUCUUCCCUCAAAAAAACAAAAAACGAACCCCAAAACCACGAUCCGACCCGACCCCACUCUUCGGUCACCUGCCCGAGCUCGUGGCGGAGCCGACUGCUGCCCGGUCCAUGUCGUUCGUCGGGACCCACGAAUACUUAGCGCCCGAAAUCAUCAAAGGUGAAGGACACGGAAGCGCGGUUGAUUGGUGGACAUUUGGAAUCUUUUUACACGAACUUUUAUACGGGCGGACCCCGUUUAAGGGUGCGGGCAACCGGGCAACUUUGUUCAAUGUUGUCGGGCAGCAGCUCAGGUUCCCGGACUCACCGGCUACAAGCUACGCGAGCAGGGAUUUGAUUAGAGGGUUGUUGGUUAAGGAACCGCAACACCGGUUAGGUGUGAAACGAGGGGCUACCGAGAUUAAACAGCAUCCGUUUUUUGAAGGUGUGAAUUGGGCUUUGAUUCGGUGUAGUACACCGCCCGAAGUGCCCAGACCGGUUGAGCCCGAGAGUCCCGGGAAGUUCGGGCAGGUUGAACCGGUCGGGCCGGGCGGGUUGGGUAACAAUAGUAAAAGAAUGGUUGGGACUGGUGUUAAGCCUGGAGGUAAAUAUCUUGAUUUCGAGUUCUUUUAGGUGGGACCCGUCUGGUCAAACCCGGUCAACACCUGACCGGAAAAUCCCGGUCAGGACACCUAUACGUUUAGCCACUUCAUGUUUAGAAUUGUGUUGUAAUAACUUGACUUUAUUCAAACUCAUUGUGCAAUCUAUUGUCUUAAUCA